CUCCACUUCAAUCGCCAUUAGCAAACAAAAGCAACGUCGCAAGUCGCAACGUCACGGGUGUUUGCUGGCCAAGGUGCCGCGUCAAUUCGGGCCCUUUUUUUCAUGUGGAAUGAACUCGUGCUGAAGUGUUAAGUAUUUUCUUCCUUCACCACCUAAUCAGAAUACCGUGAUCAUGUCGCUAAACAUUCGUGAAAAGCAGAUCGCUGCUUUGAAACAGAUGUUGAAUCUGAACGUUCCCCAGACGAAAGGCUCGCACCCGGAACCUGUGUGGAAGCUACUUGUGUAUGACAGAUGUGGACAGGACAUAAUAUCUCCACUCAUCUCGGUGAGAGAGUUACGAGACAUGGGCAUCACCUUACACAUGCUUCUGCACUCCGAUCGCGACCCAAUCCCUGAGGUUCCAGCCAUUUAUUUUGUGGCCCCAACAGAUGAGAACAUCACACGUAUAUCUCAAGACUUUAGGAACGCUCUAUACGACCAGUAUUUUCUCAAUUUUGUAUCGCCCGUCUCGAGACAGUACCUCGAAGAUCUUGCAUCGGCAGCCCUGCAGGCCAACUGUGUGGCCAGUGUGUCCAAAGUUUAUGACCAAUAUCUCAAUUUUGUGACUCUAGAGAACGACCUGUUUCUCCUCAAGAAUCGAAACGGUGUGUCGUACUACGCCAUCAAUCGGGGCGACGUGAAAGACACUGAGAUGGAUAACAUCAUGGACGGUAUCGUUGACUGCCUGUUCUCGGUGUUCGCGACACUGGGAACGGUUCCCAUCAUUCGUUGUCCGAGACGCAACGCCGCUGAGAUGGUUGCCGAAAAGUUGGACAAGCGUAUCCGCGAAAACCUACGCGACUCGCGGAACAGCCUGUUUUUAGACUCCGCUCACAGCGGACAGCUGAGCUUCCAGAGACCCCUCCUGGUGGUGCUGGAUCGUAACAUGGACAUGGCGACGCCGCUGCACCACCCCUGGACUUACCAGGCCCUCGCGCACGAUGUUCUCGACCUCAACCUCAACAGGGUCACCAUGGACGAGACCCCGGAGCUGGAGACUGGGGCCAAGCCUCGUCAGCGCCGUUGUACCAAGACCUACGACCUGACGGCGGCAGACAAAUUUUGGCAACAGCACAAGGGCAGUCCUUUCCCGACCGUAGCCGAAGCCGUUCAGGAAGAACUCGAGUCGUAUCGAAGCCAAGAGGAGGACGUUAAAAAGUUAAAAGCAGCCAUGGGUCUCGAAGGGGACGACGCCGUCGCGUCGGACGCGCUCGCGGACAACACCGCAAAGCUGACGUGGGCUGUCAGCUCACUCCCGGAACUUCUGGAGCGCAAACGACUGCUCGACAUGCACACGACGCUAGCAACUGCCCUGUUAGAGCAUAUCAAGAAUCGCAAGCUAGACGUCUACUUCGAGUUGGAGGAACGGAUCUUGGGUAGACAGGCCCUCGAACGUUCUCUCCUGGACGUGUUGCACGAUCCCGAGGCCGGAAGUCCGGGCGACAAGCUGCGACUGUUCCUCAUCGCGCUCGUUCAGGGACUCGAAGACGUCGCUCCGUACGAAGAAGCCCUCGCGCGGGUGGGUUGCAACCUCCACCCGGUCCGCUACAUGCGGAGGUGGCGGGACUAUGCCAGGGCGACUUCGGGGGCGUUGAUGGGGGCGCCGUCCGGCGUCUUCUCCAAGCUCGUCAGCCAGGGUUCCCAGUUGGUCGUGGAAGGGGUGAAAAACCUGGUGGUGAGAAAGCACAAGCUGCCCAUGACCAAGGUGCUCGACGCGUUCCUGGAACUCAAGGCCCUACCGGAAACGGACGACUACCGCUACCUAGAUCCCAAGCUCUUGCGCGGAGACGCGGGCCCUCCGAGGGCGCAGACGCCUUUCAAGGAGGCCGUGGUCUUCGUGGUCGGCGGCGGGAACUACGUAGAGUACCAGAACCUGGUCGACUACGCCCGCGCCAAGGGCAAAGGGGUCGUCUACGGCUGCACCGAGCUGGUGAAUGCCACGCAGUUUGUGGAGCAGCUUUCCCGACUGGGGCAGGAAAUUGAAUGAGGGAAC